AUGGGUGCCGCGUGCCUCCUUUUGGCCCUCCUCCUCUGCAUUGGCGCUACCGAGGCUUCGGGUCUUCAGGACGGCGAAACGGAGCGGACCGUCGUCGGGUUCGUCGCAAAAGGUGAUGACGAAGUUGCUGACAAACAACGAAGCAUUUCCGAAGCUAGAGGAAAACAGAAAAAGGGUCAAAUGAUGCGGGUCCUUAUGAUAGUUAAGAUGAUUGCUGCAUCAUUCAUAAUCCCAUCACUCGUUGCGAUGGCGCUCUUUGCAUCCUGGAAGGGCAUCACCAUCAGUCUACUCGCUUUCACCAUUGCACUAGUCGCCGGCAUCAAAAAUCUCACAGCAAAUAAGAAAACUGAGAAAAGCAUACAGCAUGUUAUAGUCUCAAAAGCGCCCUCGCUUCAUGAACACUGGUGGAGGAAAUUAGGCAGCAACGGUUUUCACCAUGACGAGCAUCCCAGUGACUACAACGAAUUGUCGCCAUACAGGGAAUACUACAGAAACUUGUAAAAUAUUGCCAAAGAAAUCAAAAAUUAGGAAAUAUUUAAUUUAUUAUAUUUAUUGUCAUUAGAUGUAAGUAACUACUUGCAGAAAUUUGUGCUAGUUACCAAUAACUCCUUAAAUUCACUAGUUUUCGUGGUUCGAUUGAACAAUUAAUAUCUUUCAAUUAAUUAAGGUUUUUGG